AGAUUGUUGGAGAAUGGGAACAACUCUUCGCUCUUAUGAGGUUAAACAUAUGUACAAAGAAGUUAACAGAUUGGAUAGCAUCAUGUGGAAUAUAGUUUGUGAACAACUAUGAUAGAUAUCUCUUCUAAGAUGUUAGAUAUUUUACUUUCUAAUAGCCACAAGUAUAUUUAUUUAAGAUUGAUUUAAUAAAUUCAGUUCAUGAUAAAAAAAACCAUCUUAGGGAAUAGUGAAAAAGGAAAACAACAUAACCACAAAUUAUGUGAAUCCUGUUAUUCUUGGUUACAUUUCCAUCUUGUUAUUUAACUUCCCCAAACAAGGUUCACCUCACAUGCCCACCCAUUUUCCGCUUUUUUACACCUCAAUUAUUUAAAUCCCCCGGCCGCCCAGCACAGCCACCCAAACUGCUCUCUCUCUCCUCUUUCUUCUCUCUCCCCUCCCCUUGAGGGGGCAAAAAAAAAAAAAAAAAGAAAUCUCAUCCCACCACACAAGCAAAGGAGAGGAACAAGAAACUAGAAGCAGCAUCAGUGCGGCAACUGGCAAAGGAGACAUGGGAAGAAGCCCCCCUCACCAGCUCCGCCCCCACUCCUCUCUCUCAUUCCCACUCCUCCCCUGACACACAACUCCCCCUUCCGUUCCCUUCUGAAACGCUCUUAAGUCAGCCCACUCGGAGAGAGAGAGAGAGAAUAACAAAGGACACACGAGAGAGAGAGAGUAAAAAGGGUGAAGCUAGCCAUUCCUCGGCAGCAGCGGUUUCAGUUCAGCAAUGGAGGACUCACUGAAAUCCCUCUCCUUGGACUAUUUGAACCUCCUGAUCAAUGGCCAGGCCUUCAGCGACGUCACCUUCAGCGUCGAAGGCCGCCUCGUCCACGCCCACCGCUGCAUCCUGGCCGCUCGCAGCCUCUUCUUCCGCAAGUUCUUCUGCGGCCCCGACCCCCCUUCGCCUGGUCUCCUCCUCCUCCACCACCAGGACCUCCACCCCCACCACCACCAGAGCCCCCGCUCCCCCUCCGGCGCAUCCGCCUCCUCCCCCCGUGGCGGCGCCUCCCCCAGCUCCGCCGCUGCUGCCGGUGUCGGCCCCGUCGUCAUCCCCGUGAAUUCCGUCGGCUAUGAGGUCUUCCUGCUGCUGCUGCAGUUCCUCUACAGCGGCCAGGUUUCCCUCGUCCCGCAGAAGCACGAGCCCCGCCCGAAUUGCGGCGAGCGCGGAUGCUGGCACACCCAUUGCACCGCCGCCGUCGACCUCGCCCUCGACACCCUCGCCGCCGCCCGCUCCUUCGGCGUCGAGCAGCUUGCACUGCUCACCCAGAAGCAAUUGGCGAGCAUGGUGGAGAAGGCGUCGAUCGAGGACGUGAUGAAGGUGCUCCUGGCGUCUCGCAAGCAGGACAUGCACCAGCUCUGGACCACCUGCUCCCACCUCGUCGCCAAGUCCGGCCUCCCGGCGGAGGUCCUCGCCAAGCACCUCCCCAUCGACGUCGUGGCCAAGAUCGAAGAGCUCCGCCUCAAGUCCUCCCUGGCCCGCCGUUCCUCCUUCAUGGCCCACCACCACCCUCUCGACCUCGCCACCGCCGGCGCGGGCCCCUCCUCCUCCUCCGCCGCAGCCGAGCUCGAGGACCACCACAACAAGAUCCGCCGCAUGCGCCGCGCCCUCGACUCCUCCGACGUCGAGCUCGUCAAGCUCAUGGUCAUGGGCGAGGGGCUUAACCUCGACGACGCGCUCGCCCUCCACUACGCCGUCGAGAACUGCAGCCGCGAGGUCGUGAAGGCGCUUCUCGAGCUCGGCGCGGCCGACGUCAACUGCCCCGCCGGCCCUGCGGGGAAGACUCCUCUCCACAUCGCCGCCGAGAUGGUCUGCCCGGACAUGGUCGCCGUCCUCCUCGACCACCACGCGGACCCCAACAUCCGGACGGUCGAUGGGGUCACUCCCCUCGACAUCCUCCGCACUCUUACCUCGGACUUCCUCUUCAAGGGCGCCGUCCCGGGGCUCUCGCACAUCGAGCCCAACAAGCUCCGCCUCUGCCUCGAGCUCGUCCAAUCCGCGGCGCUCGUCAUGUCGAGGGAGGAGGCGACCAAUUGCGGCAGCGGCGGCACCGCAGCCAUCUACCCGCCGAUGAAUCCCGAGCCGAGCAAUUGCAAUGCCAGCAGCGCCAGCAGCAGCAUGGUCAACCUCAGUCUCGAUUCCAGAAUGGUUUAUCUCAAUCUCGGCAUGGCGGCGCAGUUGGGGUGCAAGAUCAAUGAUGGGGGUGAAGAUGAUAGCAGCAGCAGCAGGUCUCAAGGGGGUGGUGGUGGCAUUGGACCAUCCUCCAUGUAUUCUUCUCAUGGCUUCCCAUAGCUACCUUGAAUGAGGCAGGUAAUUGGCAGCUGCAUGUGGACACAAGGGAAGAAGGGGGUUUGAGGAAUUAGUUUAAUUUUUGGCUCUUCUUUUUUUUUUGUUUGGGGUUUUUGGGAUUUGAGAUUUUUUUUUUUUUUUUGGGAGUCUUGGUUCUCAUGGGGUGGCACCAGCAUGUGGCGGAUUUGAAGAGGGAGACAACGAGAAUCUAAGUGAGCUUGAAUGAUGGAGGAGAUGCAGGUCAAUCUUUUCACUCUCUAUGGCCUGUCACCCCUUUUGUUCUCAUUGUUAUAUAUCUAAUAUAAUGGCCUAUUUGUUUAUUGCUUAUUUAUUACUUUUUGUUUUGUUCCUCCCUAUCAUCUCGUCUCUCUCUCCCCUCUUUCUCUCUCCCCCCACCUUUUCUCUUGUAUCGAGUGCAGCUUGCUAUCAUGGUGAGUGGAUUACUUGGAAUAGUUAGCAACUAUUACCAUCACCAGUGGCAGGAGGUAUCAUCUUCAUUUAAGGUGAGGUGGGUAUCCCUUUGCCUAUGGCUCUUAAUUGGUUCCUUGGGCCUGCCUGUUGUGGCUUGUUUGGAUAUGGAUAUGCCAUCAUUUCCAAGUGAAGGUAAUGAGCUGUCUCUUCCCACAACAGCUCCUAUAGUUCAUUAAUAUUUCUCUCUCUUUUACAUGGCUUUCCAUACCGCAACAUAGCCAUCUUUAUGGCCUGUAGUUUUUAUUACCAUGUGGAAAGGCCGAAGAGGCAAAGAGAUCACCCAGCUGUAGACAAAUAAAUCUCUUGUCGUGCAUGAAUGCAACACUGAGUGUGACUACACGACGCCCAUGUGGAUUGUUAUUUUACCUCAUCAGGAUUCCUUCCCUGUGAGCCGGAUGCUUUUGAUGCCCUCCUUUUCCAUUCUUUUCUUCCCAGCCGCUUUUGAGGCUCAAACCAGCCUCCCCUUUGAGAAGCCUUUAUGAACACUGUGUUCAUCUUACCCCCCAACAGUAUAUUUUUGUUUCGGUCUUCAAGCUUCAUAAUGCCCGCUCGAAUAUAUUUGACUUACCCUCCCCCUCUCUCUCUCUAUCUAUCUUUUCACUUUUCUUCCACUUGAGAGGGUUUUGUUGUCCCCUUUGAAAGAACGGAAUGAAAAAGAUGACUUUUUGCUCCUGUUGAGAAAUAUUAACUGUAUUCUUUUUUUUUUUUGGGUAAAUUAACUUUACUCUUUGUUUACGUAGCUAUUCCAAUAUACCUCCUUGAUUUCUUUUACGAGUCAUCAGAAAUAAGCCAUGUGCAUGCAUGUUAUUUUUAUGGAAACUACGACUUGCAUGUAAUUAGCAUUGUUUCUGUACGUAUUUUUUUACCAUUUUAUGGUGUAUAGGUAUAUAUUAUAUGGGCCUAAAACGUUUGCUAGUGCUAAGAAAUGAUGAAAGUUUCACUUUACGGAUGGUAAUAUUGUGAUUUGUCUGCUAAGUUAAUCAUUUGGUUUCUCUUUUCCUUUUCUUUCUCCUUGAGAAAGCUGUAGCUAGUUCGAGCCUCAAAGAAGCUAGGUCCCCUGGGUUUCGAGA